AUGGUAGGCCUCAAGGUUUUCCUUCUUGUAUUUUCUUUGUUCUCCUUCGCAAUAAUCUCCCUUGCAGUAGAUUCCAUUGGUGCAAACCAAUCCAUCAAAGAUGGUGAAACCAUAGCUUCAGCAGACGGGGAUUUUGAGUUGGGAUUUUUUAGCCCUGGAAGUUCAGGCAAUCGUUACGUAGGAAUAUGGUACAAGAAAAUAUCUAGUGGCACUGUAGUUUGGGUUGCCAACAGAAAUACUCCUCUCAGUGAUACACAAGGACAACUACUUUUUGCUGACCAAGGAAACCUGGUUCUUGUCAAUAGUACCAAUGGCAUUGUUUGGUCUACUAAUUCCUCAAGCACAACUGCUAAUCCAGUUGCUCAACUUUUGGAUACAGGAAACCUUGUUGUGAGGGAUGGAAGCGAUGAUAAUCUUGGGAAUUUUUUGUGGCAAAGUUUUGAUUAUCCAACUGAUACAUUUUUACCAGGAAUGAAGUAUGGUAUUAACUUGGUUACUGGCCUGAACCGAUAUCUAACAUCAUGGAAGGGCAUCGAUGAUCCUUCUUCGGGUAAUUACACAAAUGGGCUUGAUCCUGAUGGGUUGCCACAGUUUUUCCUAAGGGAGGAUUCAGAAUUGCUGUUCAGGACUGGACACUGGAAUGGUUUAAGGUUCACCGGAAUGCCAAAUUUGAAACCAAACCCUAUUUACACGUUCGAAUUUGUCUUUAAUGAUGAGGAGAUAUAUUACGAGUAUGAACUUAUAGAUAAGUCAGUUGUUUCCAGGAUGGUUCUAGGUCCAGAUGGUGCCUUGCAGCGUUUCACAUGGGUCGAUCGCACCCAGGGCUGGAGGCUUUACUUGAAUGCAAUGAUGGAUAACUGUGAUAGAUAUGCGCUAUGUGGUGCACAUGGUAGUUGCAACAUUAACAAUUCGCCAGCAUGUGGAUGUUUGAAAGGAUUUGUGCCUAAAUAUCCGAAUGACUGGGGGGCAGCAGAUUGGACACAUGGAUGUGUCCGAAAGGUCCGAUUCAAUUGUGGGGAAGGAGAGGAUUUUCUUGAGUACUCUGGAAUCAAAUUACCGGACUCACGACACGCCUGGUAUAACCGGACCAUGGAUCUUAAAGAAUGCAAGAAGCAAUGCUUGGAGAACUGCUCCUGCACAGCUUUUGCAAAUCUUGAUAUUAGAGAUGGAGGAAGUGGGUGUAUACUUUGGUUUGGUGAUCUGAUUGACAUGAGGGAGUUUGAAGAGAAUGGAGAGAUUAUCUACAUAAGGAUGGCUGCUUCUGAAAUAGAGGCUUCUCGAUUAUCCAAAAGGAAGAAAAAUUUGAAGAUCAUCAUCGUCACUGUUCUAUCUGUUGGGUUCGCCAUUCUAGGCUUUUGUCUGAUCUUGCUUGUGUUGAGGAAGAAGAAGAAGAAACUUAAAAUGAAAGGAAGCAUACAACAUGAUCCAGGGGAAGAGAAAAACAAAGAAAGAGGGAAGGAAGAUUUAGAGCUACCAUUGUUUGAUUUUGAUACAAUAUCUAAAGCCACUGACAAUUUUUCACAACAAAAUAAGCUUGGGCAGGGUGGCUUUGGACCAGUAUACAAGGGAAUAUUGGAAAAGGGACAAGAAAUUGCUGUAAAAAGGCUUUCGAAGAAAUCUAGCCAAGGAAUUGAUGAGUUCAAGAAUGAAGUCUUAUGCAUCUCUAAACUUCAACACCGCAACCUAGUGAAGCUUCUAGGGUGUUGCAUUGAGCGACAAGAAAUAAUACUGAUUUAUGAAUUCAUGCCCAACAAAAGUUUAGACUCCUUUAUAUUUGAUCAAAAACAAAGCAUACUGCUAGAUUGGCCUAAGAGGUUCCAGAUUAUCAAUGGAAUUUCUAGGGGCCUUCUUUACCUUCACCAGGAUUCAAGACUCAGGAUCAUACACAGAGAUUUAAAAGCCAGCAAUAUAUUGCUUGAUUAUGAGAUGAAUCCAAAAAUCUCGGACUUUGGCUUGGCUAGAAGUUUUGGAGGAGAUGAGACUGAAGCAAACACAAACAGAGUGGUUGGAACAUAUGGCUACAUGUCACCAGAGUAUGCAAUUGAUGGCUGUUUCUCGAUCAAAUCAGAUGUAUUUAGCUUCGGAGUUUUGGUACUAGAGAUAGUGAGUGGAAGGAGGAACAGGGGAUUCUCUCAUCCGGGCCACAACCUGAACCUUCUGGGGCAUGCUUGGAGGCUUUAUAAUGAAGACAGGCCUUUGGAAUUGCUAGAUGAAAUGGUAAGGUCUUCAUGCAAUACUUCCCAAGUGUUGCGAUCAAUCCAUGUGGGUCUAUUAUGUGUGCAGCAAAGUCCAGAAGAUAGACCAAGCAUGGCAACUGCAGUUCUGAUGCUUUCUAGUGAGAUUUCGUUACCUCAGCCUAAAAAGCCUGGCUAUUUCACAGAAAGAAAUUUUGUGGAGGACGAUUCUUUGUCCAGCAACCUAGACGUUGCUUCAACUAAUUCAUUAUCCAUGAACAAUUGUAGCACCUCGAUAGAGGUUAUGUAUAUCAAUUCGUAAAUUCUGACGAUUCAAUUGCUUCAUGAUUUGAGAAAUGAAGAACAAAACUUGGAAGAAUGCAUCAACAUUCUUCUCAAAUGUGAAUGAAAACAGUUUAUUGGA